GCCCGGCGAGAGCGGCGCCGCAUCAUAGGGGCAGAGAUGCGUAGGUGUUUUGAGCAGUCAUGCGCCCUCGCCUGCUGGGUAAACCAUUGAUCACCUGUAAGAGCGGAGACGAGCGCUGCAACAAGAUAGACGGAGAUAACCUGUUCUCCUGGCAGGCAGUGCGCAGAGCAAUAAAAAUGGGACCUUCGAACGCCGUGGUGAUCCUGGUUAUCUUGGUCACAGCCUCCGCCAGUCCUACCUCCAACCAGGCGGCCCAAGAAAAAGCGGCAAGAAGCACAACGGAACCGAAGGGAGCGAGCGAAGCUACAAGCACCACCCCAGCUCCAGCGGUGACCCCAGUCUCCGCCAAAGCCAACAAUGGUCCGAUCAGCAGUCACCACCAGCAGCCAUUGCACGGUUCACUGGUGCGCAAGAGGUCCGGAUAUAUGGAGCAGCUAUACUCGGAGCCGCCAGCCGGCGCUGAAAUGCCUUACUAUUGGGCUGGCGACAGAAGGUCAAACGACCGCUUCGUGCGUGCACCAGUGAAGAGAAGCCCAAUGCGCACGCUCAUCCCUCGAAAUAAAAGAGAGUCCAGCGCCGAUGACGACGCCCUUGCCCUGCUCGCCCUCUGGGCCUCCGCUGCAAAUCGCGAUGAUCUCAGCCAAGAGCCUCUGAACCACAACGGAAUGUAUAAAUUUGCCAGCCUUCUGAACAGCCUCAAGGAGGCCUACCCGCAACACUUCUACAAUGCCGAGGUCGGACAGCCUUACGAGAAUUUCGAGCUUGGUCCCCAAGAGGCAGCUGAGGAGCCAGAAAUCGUGUUGCCUGAGGAGGAAGCCUAUCCCCGGUACAGCACUUGGACCGAUCCUGACUACGUGGUCCCCGAGCGUUUCACGGUAAUGCGACGCUCGCCAGGAGGCCUGCUGCCCAUCCUACCUAGUAGCUACCGCAAGCGUAGUGCCAAUCUAGAUGAUGUUACUGCUAAUGGCAGGUGGGGCGCGUUUGCUCCGCAACGCAAGCGCUUCGUGGUAGCGAAGAGGUCGCCAGUUUCACAGGGAGAUGUAUAUUCUCUGGCUCAGAUGCUGGGCGAGGACCAAAACGAGCAAAAUGUCCCAAUUUACCGACGAUUAAUGCUUUAAGAGGCGGAAUACCCAUUUUGCUGUGAAGCAUAAAUAACCAUAACAAAAACUGAAACCAUAACAUAUAAAAAAAAGUUGUAAACAAGCUGCAUUCCCUGCGCAUAUUUGUGUUUAAAAACUUAUUUGUGGCUGUAAUUAUCGCAUUAGUUCAACUACAUACUUAUGAUAAAAAUCUGUGUCCAAAUAUCAGGAAUUAAAUGAAAAAACUAGCUUAUUUUGAUUUCCGAAAUUCCCUAUAUUAUGAACUUACUGUAUUUUCUGCACUUGGAAAAUAAACAGAAUUUUCUGCACAAAAUUAUAAGAAA